AUGUCGGAUUCGGAAUCAUAUUCCUCUACAGAUUCGGAAUCAGACUCAUUUACAGAUUCGGAAUCAGACUCCUUCACAGACGUGAGACGUGAGAUCAUGGCUCAAAUAGAUAUAAUCGACUUUCGACUUGAUUUUCCACCCUGUUGCCACGAGAAAGUUGACCUAUCCCCCGAAAAAAUGGAUGAGCUCUUGAAUGGAUCAGUCCAUUCAGGGCUUCUACUUUCAGUGAAAGACCACCUCAGAUCUCUCUGUUUAUCACUCCGCCUACUCGACAAGAAAAGAUGUCCAACACCAGACUUCGACUGGAUUCUGAGAACUGUCUUAAGUCUCAAGGAAAUUUUGGAAACUCUGGAUCAAACCCUCGGUUAUAUCGAACCUGAAGAUCUUACUGAUUCAAUGAGCAAGCGCGCCGAUCGGAAACACUUCAAAUAUUCCCGAUUGCAUAACAUAAUCUGUGCAUUGUUGGCAUACGAGUUGCGGAAUCUAAUUCAGUCAUACGGGGGAGCUAUCGAAAAUUACGACCCAUCCAGUUUCCCCCCAGAAAACCUACAUGAAGACUAUUGGCCUGAGCUUCCUAGACUAUCUCGGGAAUUCGCUCAUUGUGGCAAUUUAAUUGAUAGCGUAAUCAAAUGGUCCCAACAAUCCGAUUUUGCUAUUCUCCGAAAAGCCUGGUUAGACACAGAAGAAUCACUCAACAAGAGGCUAGAAGCCACAACUAGCUUGAUCAAAUUCGGCCGAUGGCCUGAUUAG